AGACGGUCUACCCAAAUCUUUUGUACGAGUAAGGGCUUCGGAAGAAUAAUGUUUGACUUGGAAGUUACAGAAGUUGAGUACAACCCAAGAUAGUAGGGCCAGGAUUUCAGACACGGAGAGAGAGAGAGAGAGAGAGAGAGAGAUGAAGGAAACUGUGUCCUGUGAGGCUGGCUGAUGGGAGGAAAGAGGGUUACUGGGUUUGGGGGGAUUUGAAGCAGUAGACGAUCGAUGUCAUCAAACCCUGGUUGAUUUGGGAACUAGACUGGUAUGAUAGAGAAGAUGGAGAAAAUAGGGGGAGCUGGAGGGGGAGGGGGAGGAGAAGUGAGAAGGGCGCAUGCAGCAUUGGCGAUGGUACAGCUCUUCAAUGGGGGAUACCAUGUAAUCACCAAGGUUGCUUUGAACGUGGGUAUGAAUCAGGUUGUUUUCUGUGUCUUCCGUGAUGUACUUGCCCUCUCCAUCCUCGCUCCAGUUGCCUAUUUCCGUGAAAAGAGGAUUAGAUUACCAAUAACUAGGCGGCUUCUCAUAUCAUUCUUCUUUCUUGGGUUAACCGGGAUAUUUGGCAAUCAGCUUUUAUUUCUUAUUGGUCUUAGCUACACAAACCCAACUUAUGCGGCAGCCAUACAGCCUGCAAUACCCGUGUUUACAUUCCUUUUGGCUGUAAUGAUGGGUACAGAAACAGUCAAUUUAUCAAGAACUGAAGGCAAGGUGAAGGUUGGUGGCACACUUGUCUGUGUUUCUGGUGCUGUACUAAUGGUUCUCUUCCGUGGCCCAGCUGUAUUGGGGUACUCCGGGUCCGGGUUGGAUCUUGGAAUGCAAAGCGAGAUAAUUGCAAAAUCUCAACCAGAGCCUUCUGGAUGGUUGGUAUCUAGUUUGAUGGACUUUGGGCUUGAACGGUGGCACAUUGGUGUUUUAUGUUUAAUUGGAAACUGCAUGUGCAUGGCGGCUUAUCUAGCUAUUCAGGCUCCAGUUUUGAUGAAAUAUCCAGCCAGCCUUUCAGUGACUGCAUACUCAUACACAUUUGGCGCUCUGUUUAUGGUAACAGCAGGAUUUUUGUCAACCAAUGAGUCUACAGACUGGACCUUGACACAUUCUGAGAUAGUUGCAGUCUUGUAUGCUGGUAUUAUUGCAUCUGCUGUUAACUAUGGACUUUUGACAUGGUCCAACAAGAUUUUGGGGCCAGCAUUGGUGGCUCUAUACAAUCCUCUUCAGCCUGCUGCAUCUGCCUUCCUAUCAAGAGUAUUCCUAGGAAACCCUAUAUAUCUGGGAAGCAUUCUGGGGGGUUCUCUGAUUAUUGCUGGACUUUAUAUGGUCACCUGGGCGUCCUACAGAGAAAAGCAAGCUUGUAAUGGGAUCAAUACUCAUGUGAACCGGACAUCUGAUCCCCUUGUUCACAAGGAAUCACAACACAACAGGACUUCAUAUCAGAGAGGACAUAUUUUUUCUGGGUCCUCUACCUCAUUUCCCAAGGCAAUUGAUUGAGAAAACAUAAGAUGGAUCCUUUAUUAAGAGGAAAAGUUCUUUUGGUAAUAGUCUGAUUAGUAGUCUCUAUUUGGAUACAAAUCAAAUAUCCAUAAUUGUCUCUCCUUAUACGAGUAACUUAUGCUAUCGUAUAGAUAUUAGUAAGUCCUUUUUUUGCUAGGCCUUACUAUAGAAGUUCCACAGCGUUAUCAGAUUUCUCCUUUCGCUCAGCCUUGUCAACGUUCCAUCUUUUGGAAGAAAGCUUGAGCAAAAUUACUUACAAACCAAAGCAGAGGAAGCCAAGGUUUUGGUUGUUUUCUCUUUAAGAACAUAAUAAAGCAUAUGGCAUUAAUGGAAGGGUGUAAUUUCCAGGUUGGCCUGUGAAAGAGGCAACCAAAGAGCAGACAGGUAAAAGUUGGAUGAAACCACCGCCAAGAGGUGGAGAAUAAGGUCAUUUCCCUUGUUAUCAUUUCAGUUUCCCCCCUGUUCUUUCAUAAAAAAGAGUUGAUAAUAUAUUAUAUGAUAAAGUUGUACAAGGUAGCAUGUCCAUAGUAGAGUGCCUUUGAUGUUUAUAAGCAUAAUAAGCCAAUAGAUGAGCUUGUAUGUUCUUAGUUCUGGAUAUAUAGAUGAAUUUAAGUCUCUAAA